CCGCAAGACCAUAGGGAGUCCCAUGACAGAUGACGUAAUCAGGAAUAGGGCCGAGAUGGAUUGAUCUAGUUAAAGAAAUCUAAGUAGGAUAUUUUGGGUACAAACAGUUUAGAGACAUUGACUGCGGUGUUUUGUCGGUGCUCGUGAUCAGUGACAAUGUCUGUGCUUUUCUGUUGCUGCUGUGUCACCCCUUCCGAAGACACGGACGAGAGACAGCCCCUACUGCACCCAAAUCUUUCAGAAGUAAAGAAGCCAGAGUCUGCCAGAAAGCCUCGACCAGCGCCCACAGUGAGUCGGAGUGGUCAGUUGAUCCAAAAACGGGUGGGUGUGAAUGACUUGGACCAGCGGUUUUCUGAUGUGGCUGAGACGUUCAACCUACAGCAGGAGAGCUAUAAUGUCAUGAAGGAACACAUCAUCUCCCUUCUUCACACUUUUGAUUGUAACGAUGACAGCACUCUAAGUUUGACUGAGUGUGUGAGGAAGAUCAAGAAGGAGUAUGAGGACACCUAUAGGGUAACCAUGGUGAUAAAUGGGUACGACUUUUCUCUAUCUGUGGUUCCGCUGAAGUCUGCAAGCGAGGUGGAGGAGUACCUGCCUCGCCGGCUCCGAUUGGCUCAGGAGAAGCUCAGGAGCAUUUCCCACAGCGCCAAAGCAAUAGGCGCUGCAGGCACCAAACUCCAGGAACUGAUUGACUGGCUCCUGAAUACGGGGGAGCAAAUGGCAGAGCAGGUCAGGGAGGCAGCACUAACCCACCAGGAGCGCUGUAGGCUUGAGGAGAACUUGGUUGAGACCAUACAGGAAGUAAGACGGGCUAGGGAGCUUUCGCAAGGGUACCGCCAGCAAGCUGGAGAGGUGCAAAAUGAGGUUGCACAGAUAGCAGGGCUGACCUAACACACAAACACACACACAUACUGGGCAAAAAUACAUCUUUGGUGGCACUGAAUCUAUAGGUCACAAUUAAAUAUUUUGGGAAUAAAUCUAGGCCAGUUUUAGUGUCUUGUAAAAGCACAUUAUUCUUAUAAUGUUAGGUAACACUAAAUUGCAGGGCAAGUGCUACAGUUUGUGACUGUGUGUAGAUAGCUGUGUAAUGUGUAUGUAUAAGCCCUUGUUAGAGAAAUGAGCUGUGAUAUAGCUAAUGUAUUCUGGACAGGAAUUCAUUAAAAUGAUUCAUCUAAAUGAAUUCAAAUUCUAAUCACUGUGUGUAUAAAAUCCUUGUUAAUGAUAGACACAAUGUAUGUGUUUCUUCUGUGUUAAUAAUAAUUGUCUUACUGUUUUAGAACAAAUAAAAAAGGCUAUAUA